AUGUGUGCGAAUGCGUCAGACAAUAUUGCAUUCAGACGCUUUUGCGCGUUUAUUGGUGGUUUAUAUGCUUCCAUGUCUUGGUGGGAAGGUGUUGGUCAAACUCGUCUUCUUAUUGCUCCAGUCCUGUCCAUUAAUUUACUUGGUGUGACUAAAGUUUUGGAUUCUGGGCAUCCAAACUUCAAGAAAGACGAUUUAGUUUGGGGAAGUACUGGAUGGCAAGAAUAUAGUUUGAUUACCGAUUUUCAGCACUUGUUUAAAACCCAACACACUGAUGUGCCUCUGUCCUACUAUACUAGCAUUCUUGGUAUGCCUGGUUUAACUGCUCAUGCUGGUGAUAUGAGGUUUGCUCUCCUAAGAAAGGCAAUCAUGUCUUCAUUUCAGCAGAUUCUGGGGCAGUUGUACAACCUUGACAAGCCAGAAGGUGUGCACAAUUUAAUGCACCUGGUUAUGAAGCGGGUUCAUACAGAAGGUGUGGUUUCUGAUUACGAUCACCUCUUCCCAAAGUUUCUGGAUUUGGUUCUACCUCACAUUGCUGAAGGGAAGAUUGUAUAUGUGGCCUAG